CUCAGACGCUCGCACCUCGGGACCACUAGGGUGACGCACCUAGCACUCGGGUUAGUAUUUACCACCGCUCAUUGUACUUUGUGGGUCAAUAGUGGCAACGAGUAAUUCUUCUUGCUGGGAAAUACCGAGAGGAAGCUGGUGACGAUAACAACCAUAGAACAGAAGCUGCUGUGUGAUGUCUGACGGAGAGGACGAGAAGCCAAUUAAGAUGGGUGAAGGUGAUGAAGAGACUGUGGUCAGGGUCCGUGGGUUACCGUGGUCAGCCACUGUGGAGGAUGUUGUUAAAUUUUUUGAUGGUGUAAAUAUAAAGAACGGCCGAGAUGGUGUUCACCUAACCCUUUCCCGUGAAGGCCGACCCAGUGGGGAGGCCUACGUCGAAGUGUCUUCAGAAGAGGAUGUGACGCUGGCGGAGAAGAAACACAAUCAACACAUGGGCCGAAGAUAUAUUGAAGUGUUUAAAGCAAAGAAGUCAGAGAUGGAGUGGGUUGUUAAAAGGGCUGGAUUUGGUGCAUCUGGUGGCGAAGACGACGGCUGUGUCCGCCUUCGUGGGCUGCCAUUUGGGUGCUCAAAAGAAGAGAUUGCACAGUUCUUCUCUGGGUUGGAGAUAGUUCCGAACGGGAUAGCUCUGCCUACCGACUACCAGGGGCGGCAUACGGGGGAGGCAUACGUUCAGUUUAUAAACAAAGAGGUCGCUGAAAAGUCCCUUGAGAAGCAUAAGGAAAAAAUAGCGCACAGAUACAUCGAGAUCUUCCGUAGUAACCUAGGAGAGGUGCGUGCUGCUAUGAGCCCCAAGAUGCGUGGACCUGGUGGUCCCAUGGGUGGUUACAACAACAGACCUACUCCGUACGAUUCGCGUGAUCGGUUCGGAGGCAUGAACCGUUACAGUCUGGGAGGACGUGGUCGAACUCAUUUUGCCUCUGAAGGUGGUUAUAACGACUACGACGAUGGCCCUGGAUGGGGUGGAUCUGGUGGCUACAAUGAUGGACCAAGCAGUUGGCUGAGUGGACGCGGCGGACGUGGUGGUGGUCCGGGCGGCCUCAAAGGCAACUUUGGUGGUGGCCGUGGAGGGAGUUGGAACAAUGGUACUGGUCACUGUGUGCACAUGAGAGGUCUUCCGUUCCGUGCGACCGAGAUGGAUAUAGCUGAUUUCUUCAGACCCCUCAACCCUGUCAAUAUCAACAUCAUCAUGGAUAGUUCUAAUCGUCCCUCGGGUGAAGCAGAUAUUGAAUUUGCAACACACGAUGAUGCUGUUAAGGCUAUGUCCAAGGAUAAGGCCAACAUGCAGCACCGCUAUAUUGAGCUUUUCCUGAACUCCACCCCAGGUGGAAAUAUGGGUGGACCUGGUGGACCCAUGGGAGGCCCAGUAGGCCCUAUGGGUGGACCGGGCUCUGGUAACUUUGGAGGUGGCGGAGGCGGAAACUUCAGCGGUGGCAACAUGGGCGGCGGGUUUGGUGGGGGAUAUGGGGGGGGCAGCCGUAUGGGGGGAGGUGGUAGUGGAUACGGAAGUGGCAUGGGUGGAGGCGGCGGAGGCUACAGCUCCCUAGAUGAAGGACUGGGUAGUGGAAUGGGCAGCGGCGGUGGUGGAGGAGGAGGAGGAAUGGGCGGCGGUGGCAGCGAAUGGGUGGUGGUAGUGGAGGCGGAAUGGGUGGUGGUAGUGGAGGCGGAAUGGGUGGCGGCGGCGGCGGAAUGGGUGGCGGCGGCAGCGGAAUGGGCGGAAUAGGCAGUGGCAUGGGAGGAGGAAGUAUGGGUGGUGGAGGAGGAGGAGGAGGAGGAGGAAUAGGAGGCAUGGGAAGCAGCCUCGGUGGAGGACUAGGUGGUGGUCUCUCCAGUAGUCUGAGUCGGGGAAUGGGCAGUGGACUAGGCAGUGGAUUGGGCAGUGGUAUGGGAAGUGGCAGUGGAGGAGGACUGGGAGGUGGUAGCGGAGGAAUGGGAGGCGGCGGCGGCGGCAGCGGCUUCAGUAGCGGCUUCAACAACGGCUUCAACUCUAACAACGGAUUCGGCCCUGGCGACCAGAUGUCGGGAAGCAACUACAACAGUUUCUGUUAAGAAACUUGAAUCUCCUGGAAGGAUACUUCACAGAUGAGGGAAUGUACUUUCGAGUUUGAUAUGCAGUGAAUAAAGACUAUUCAUAAAGUGAAAUCAUGUUUUGAGUUAUGAAAGUGUUAUUUUUUAUUUUUUUGUUUAAAUGUGACCUAUGUGACUUUUCUCUAGAAUGGUAGUUUGAGGACCUACACAAGAACGGUAGUGUGCUUUUGGAAAAAAAAUAUGUACUAUUUUGGCUACGUUAUAUGUGGCAAGUCAUUGUAGUACAUAAUUAUUAUAUUUAUCUAGUUUACUGGUGUGCCCCUGUCAUAAAAGUAGAAACAAUUGUUGACUGGUACCUGUCCUGCUGUGAGCUAGAACAAGUAUUAUUUUUCAUGUGAUUGAAUAUCUGGUUUGACAUUCCAUUUGAAAAGAUGUUUGAUGAAUAAACCAUAAAUUGUGACAGAUGGGACAAAUACAAAUGUAAUUUUAGAUUUACUUUUAAGGCGUCAAUAAACAACCUUAUCCUA